GUCAUCCAUGGCCUCACUCGGAUAAUUUACGCGUUCUACUGUACGGAGUAGUCAGCAGAAGAACAAUCUGUUGCCUACAAACUGUAACUAUUUCGACUCCAUGAUAUAAUCUUACCAGCCCGCCAUGCUCAAUCCUCUCCUCAACCCGCCAUGAAUACUACACCCGCGAGCUCAGAGCUGUCAAUAGAUUCAUCGACGAUAACAACUACAAACCCUCAAGCCGAGAAUCCAAGACAUUCACGUCCCGACACCGAUUCUUCCGCUUCCGAGAUCGUACAUACCCGAACCAAUACAUUCGAUCCAGAUCACGUCGAGAAAGAUUCGCGAGAUGCGUCUCAAGUUCCUUCCAACCGGCCGGUGCCAUCGAGAACGCCUUCGAACGAGCACGAGUCCUUAAAGUAUCACCUCCUUGGUCCCUCUCUGACGAAAGCGGGGCAAGACUCGGUAGAUCAGUCAAAGGUCUCAGAAAUUAUCUACAAUGCAUCCAAGGGCAGCAAGUACUUCAACAAUGAAGAGGUGAAGGAUAAAAACCUGUCCGGGAAGAUCGAUCGAAUCCUCGCAAGAAAGCGCCAGUUGGAGAAGCUCGAUUUGAGCCAUGAACUGCGCAGGGCAGACGACUACAUUGCGGAGCUGGAGCUAGGAAGAGACCUCAGUCAGAUCGUCGUGCACAUAGAUUGCGACGCAUUCUAUGCUGCAGUUGAAGAGCUAGAUAAUCCACAUUUGCGUGAUGUUCCUAUGGCUGUUGGGAAGGGCGUUCUCACAACAUGUAAUUACCACGCCCGGAAGUUCGGCUGUCGGUCAGGUAUGGCAGGAUUUGUAGCCAUGAAGCUCUGCCCACAGCUCAUUUGUCUGCCCCUCAACUUCGUCAAAUAUACUGCCAAAGCCGAAGAGGUACGCACUGUUCUGGCCGAAUAUGAUCCACGUUUUGAAAGUGCUAGUUGCGAUGAGGCAUACCUGAAUCUCACCCAGUAUUGUGCCGAGCAUCACUUGGACCCUGAGGAAGCUGUGAGCCAGUUGCGAGAAGACGUUCAUCGAAGAACUAAAAUCACCGUGUCCGCAGGUAUAGCGGCAAACGCGAAGAUCGCCAAAAUUUGUAGUAAUCGCAAUAAGCCCAAUGGUCAGUUCCGGGUUGCCAGCGACCGACAGACGAUUCUUGACUUCAUGAAAACCUUGCCAACAAGAAAAGUCAACGGAGUAGGGAGGGUUUUCGAACGAGAACUAGACGCUAUUGGAAUCAAGACUUGUGGCGAUAUAUACGCCCAUCGCGCGUUUCUCUCGCAGCUUUUCGGGCAGAAGGCAUUCCAAUUCCUGAUGCAAUGUUACCUUGGCCUUGGCCGGACCAAGAUACAACCUGCUGAGGACUACGAGCGGAAGAGCGUAGGCACUGAAACCACCUUUCGUGACAUCGGCUCACCGGAUGAACUCCGAGAGAAACUCCGGUACAUCGCAGGAGAAUUAGAGGGUGACCUGAAGCGCACCGAAUACAAAGGCCGAACACUUUGCAUUAAGAUCAAACUUCAUACAUAUGAAGUGUACACACGACAAAUGAGUCCACCCUUUGCCAUCCAUCUAGCGGAGGAUCUGUACAAGUAUAGUCUGCCCAUGCUGGAAAAACUCAUGAAGGAAAUUCCCAACAUGAAGCUGCGACUCAUGGGUCUGCGAGUGACCCAUAUUAUCAGUACGAAGAAGCCUGGCAUCGACUUCUUCGGUCGACAUAGGGUCACGUCAGUGAGCAAACCAGCAAUACCCGCAAAGAACAGUGACGAUGGCGAAUGGGAGGUUUGGCCAGAAGCCGAAUUUGAAGAGGCUGCGCGUCAAGAGAGGGAUGAUGAGAUGAACGAGCUGGAGAAGUUGAGUCAAGAGCAGGAUGCAAUCACAGCGGCACCUUCCAGAAGGCCACCUGCACUGGAGUCCAAGGAGUCUACACGCAGCGAUCAAGCCGAGACCCCAAUCGAAGAGCCGCAAGAAGAGCAUUGGAUAUGCCCCAUAUGCUCGCUCCCCCAAUCUCCAGAUGAUACAACAUUCAACUCCCAUAUCGAUUACUGCCUCUCUCGACAAACCAUCAAAGAAGCCGUCAAAGAAACGACACCUUCUCUUGUCUCACCUCAGAAACCCCAAGCAUCUUCAUCAUCCGUAAAACCGGUGCCUAGUUCCAAGAAAGGCAAAAGGGGUCGGUCGAAAAAUGAAGCAUCGGGCUUGGACAAGGAUCGCGAGAAACGACGCGCCUUCUUCUUCGCACAAGGUCCACAGUAAAUAGUGUUAUUAUGAUACCAAACCAUGUCGUUGCAACUAGGUAUAAACCUGUUCGGAUAAUGAACCAAUAAAUUC